UUGCCUCAUUCCGUCCUACUUGGUGCGUUGCGAUUAGUUCGUUCGCCUCGAUCCGUUCGGCUCUCGUAUCGUUCAGUUGCUCGCCCGUCGCCGACGCGAUAAUACGACACUGCCGUGUUCUAACGCACUAUGAACCAGCAAGCCAACAACACAUAAACCUUCCAAAAUGAAGCCCAAUCGGUUAUAACGUUCCGUUUACAAACCCAAUUAAUUUUUAGAUCGAAUAUAUAAUAUUGUGAUAUUUAGCUGUAUUUUAGUAUAUAUCGUUAUUAUUUAUAUAACCUUUAAGAUGAAUUUGAAUUGUUAAAUAUUCUUAAAACUUUUCAAAUAAUUAACCCGUGCUCAAGAUAAUCUCAUUCCAAAACUCCCAGUUAUAAAUUUGUUUUGAAUUUUUUAAUAAAUUAUUGCAAUGACAGCGAAAUCUCGUUCACAUUGGAAGGAAUAUGGAACAGCGCUUUGUGCAACACUCAUCACCGCUACAGCGGGUACCUGCUAUGGUUGGCCGUCGCCAACGCUCCCCUACCUUCAAUCACCGGACAGCAGCAUACCAACGUCUAAUGAUGAGGGAUCAUGGAUAGUCUCUAUCAUGAUACUGUGCUCUGCCAUCACCCCAGUCCCAGCAGCCUAUCUCGCCGAUAAAUUCGGAAGAAAAACGACGCUCCUGAUCGGAGCCAUACCUUUUAUACUUGGCUGGGUGCUGAUCAUCGUGGCCAAAUCUGUGGCAGUUCUAUACGUGUCCAGAAUGUUCUCGGGCCUCGGCUACGGGAUCGUGUACACUGUGGCCCCCAUGUACACAGGAGAGAUCGCCACGAAUGAAGUCCGGGGCGCACUCUCAACUCUCAUCACUCUUAUGAAUAAAGUUGGUAUUCUUGCCCAGUACUGCAUCGGUCCAUUCGUAUCGAUGCGAACCUUAGCUUCUAUUAACUUGAUCCUGCCAAUUACCUUCAUCAUCACCUUUAUAUUCUUGCCAGAGUCACCAUACUAUUACCUUAAGUAUGAACGCAGCGAGAGGGCUGAACGGUCUCUCAAAUUGCUGCGCAGUGGUGAUAUAAGAACAGAAUUAAAAAAUAUAGAAAUCAACGUCCAAGAGGACAUGAAAAACAAAGGAAACUGGGGUGACCUAUUUACUGAAGCGACUAACAGGAAGGCUAUGUGGAUUUGCAUCGGAAUAUUUACAAUUCAACAGCUGUGUGGAAGUGCAGCUAUUGUUGCGUAUGCCGAAGUUAUUUUUAAUUGCGCUAAAAAAGCCACGAACCCAAAUGUAAACGGCACGACAAGCGCUCAAGGACUCUCUAUCGAGCCUUACCAAGAAUCCAUAAUUCUGGGUUGUGUCCAAGUGGCUACUUGUGUGCUCUCAGUGCUCUUAGUGGACCGUGUUGGCAGAAAGCCUCUUUUGUUGCUCUCGGCAGUGGGUGUAGGUCUAAUGAACGCAUCUCUCGGCACCUACUUCUUCUUUGAUAUCACGAACAAGGGUUCCGUGGACUUUCUGAGCUGGUUGCCGCUGGCCUCUCUGCUCGUGUACAUCGUGUGUUAUGCCAUCGGGCUAUCAACAGUGCCGUAUGUCAUCAUUGGCGAGAUGUUCCCGACCAACGUGAAGCUCUACGCUUCAUGUAUUGCCCACAUUUACACCGGUAUCGCUAUGUUCAGUGUUCAGAAACUAUUCCAGGUCGUAAAAGAUGCCUAUGAAAUUUACACAGUCUUCUGGGGCUUCGCAACCUUCUCCAUUUUGGGCCUGAUAUACAUGCUCGUCAUGCUACCGGAGACCAAGGGCAAAUCCUUCGCCAACAUUCAAGCCCAUCUGAAACGCGAAGUGGCCAGGGACAACGCAAAGAAAAUUGCCACGGUUGAAUACUGAGCGAAACCGCUCCCUUCUCAUUCUUAAUCUAAGCUUAACUUUAAGGGAUCAAGUUAAAUUGAAACUUAAGGAUAUUACUUAACGUAUAAUUUAGACAGUUUUAUAUACAAAAGUAUUGAAUGUACGAGACCGGUCAGUGAAGUAGUCUGUACAAAAUGAAAGGAAGCAGGCUGGGUGCAAGGGCGGAAGCCGAUGAGAAGGCAGAGAAAUCGUGAGGGUUAUAGUCUUCGGGGAGACGCCUGGACGCUAUCACCUCUGUAUACAGCUUGGCUGACUGCUUGGGCGUCCGCGUCUUGUUGGGACUCUUGAAAUCAACCAGGUACAGACCAAAGCGGGACCUGCAAAUGCAUUUACAAACGUGACGAGUGAAAUUAUACCAAGUUUGACUGA